GCAAAAUAUUUUCAGUUUUUUUUUCCCUCCUUUCCCUGAGAAUUCUUUCGAUUCUCCGUCAUGGACUUGCGGGUACCCCCGCCGCCGGGGCAACUUCCCGGCGACGCAGAGAAUAAAUGCGAGGCUGUUAUACACCUUCACUCUCCCGGACUUUGGGACGUCGGCGACCCAAAUUACCCGAGGGGGCUCCUCGAUUAUACUCUGCCCCUUCUUCUUCUGCAAUUGUGUAUCAUCUUCUUCCUCACCCAAUCCCUCUAUUUGCUGAUCAAGCCUGCUCGUAUGCCCCGCAUUGUCGCAGAACUUUUGGCUGGCGUAAUACUAGGUCCCACAGUGCUGGGGCAAAUUCCAGGAUUCACAAACAAAAUAUUUCCCCCUCAAGGACACGUUUAUUUAGAUUUGUUAUCCAAAAUCGGCUACAUCUUCUUUAUAUUCCUAAGUGGAGUGAAGAUGGACCCAACAUUGGUUCUCAAAUGCGGCAGAAAGGCAUGGACUAUCGGAGUAAUAGCUGUCAUUCUUCCCUUUGCAGUUUUCUCCAAUUUCGCAGCACAGUUAGCAUACUACCCAUCAAUCCAUAGGUAUAGAAGGGCAGCUAUAAAGUCCAUAUUUUCUAUACAAUUUCUCUAUUCAUUCCCUGUCACAGCUUCCCUCCUCGUUGACCUCAAAAUAAUAAACUCUGAGCUUGGCCGCCUUGCUUUGGCCGCAACCUUGGUUAGCGACUUACUAAGCAAUGCUGGUUCCUCGUAUUUCUCCUAUGUAAAAAUUGCAAACACUUCCGUGUUGCCUAUAAUGUCUGCACAGGCUUUUGCCUUGACCUUUGGCGCCUUUGCUCUUAUCUUUUUUAUUGUCCGUCCAUUGUCCACAUGGAUCAUUACACGGACACCUGAAGGGAAAUCAGUCGACGCGUCUUUUGUCAUCUUCUUGUCCUUUUUUGUCCUGCUGGCGGUCGUGGUCACAGAUAAUGUCGGGUUAAGCUAUCAGUAUGGUCCUUUCAUGCUUGGGUUGAUGAUACCGGAUGGACCGCCUUUGGGGUCCACACUAGUGGAUAAGCUUGAUACGGUUAUAUCGGGAUUGUUGGCCCCUCUUCUGUUGACCUAUUGUGGUAUGAAAGUGAACCUCGUGGAACUGUAUGAUCUCUACUUUGUGAUUGUGGUGUUGAUUACCGUUACAUUGUCACUUGUGGUGAAAUAUGUAUCAGUUUUCUUUCCUAGCCUUGCCUGCAAUGUCCCUCCGAAAGAUGCUGCUUCUCUUGCGUUCAUGAUGAACACUCAAGGCCUCGUUCAGAUGUCUUUCUAUUUCAACAAUGUCAUUAAUCAGACAUUUGAUGCAGAAACCUUUUCCAUGCUGACAUCGUCUGUAUUAAUCACCGCAGCAGCUACACAUCUCUUUGUUGGGUUACUAUAUGAUCAUUCAAGCAUGUAUGCUGGCUACCGGAAAAGAAACAUCGAGAACAGUUCAUCAACCUCAGAGCUCAGAAUCAUAUCAUGUGUUCACCGACCCGAAGACGUGUUAGCAGUGAAGCAGUUAUUAGACUCUUCCUUUCCUUCCAAAGAGAGUCCACUGUCAGUAUAUGCACUACACCUGGUGGAGCUGGUUGGCCAGGCAACCCCACUCUUAAUUGAUCACCAGCUAGGCCAAAAGCAUUCCUCUCGAGUCAGCAACUCACGGUCACAGAAAAUAGUAGACAUGUUUCAGUCCUUUGAGCUCCAGCAUGCUGAGUCAGCUACUGUCCAAUUCUUCACGGCAAUUUCAAUGCCGAGGUUCAUGCACCAUGAUGUAUGCUCGCUCGCUUUCGACAAGCUGGCGUCUUUCAUCAUACUUCCGUUCCAGAGGAAGUGGAACCAGCAGGGUAGGGUGAUCUCCGACAACUCUGUCUUGAGGACGAUGAACUGUAACGUUUUAGAUCUUGCUCCUUGUUCGGUCGGCAUUCUGAUAGACCGUCAUAAGAUAAGGAAACAGCAGGUGGGGGGCGUGGGGGAUGCUUAUCGUGUGGCUGUGGUGUUCAUGGGUGGCUCUGAUGAUCGGGAAGCGCUUUCUUAUGGGAAACGAAUGUGCGGCUCACCAGAGGUUCACUUGACAGUUUUUCGUUUUGUUACGUUGAACCCUGAGAUGGGUGAGAACCAAUGGGAUGCGGUUCUUGAUGCGGAAAUACUGAAGAGCAUAAGGUUGUUAGGUCAACAGCAGGAUAACAUAGUGUACAGAGAGGAGAGAGUGACUGAUGGAGCCGAGAGUGCUUUGAUAAUACAUGCCAUGGAGAGUGUUUUUGACCUUAUUAUGGUUGGAAGGCGGCACAAAGAUGAUAUGCCUCAGUUGUCAGGGUUGACCGAGUGGAACGAUUUUCCCGAGUUGGGACCCAUCGGCGACAUGCUUGCUGCUGCUGAUAUCAGCUCCCCGGUUUCCGUCUUGGUUGUGCAGCAGCAAUCUACUAAGAACAACAAAUGAGGAGGUGGGGGGAGGUGUCCAAGUUACUCAUAAAAAAGUUAGUCAUUUAGGCUUUAACACAAAUUAUUUGUAUUAAAAUAUCAAUGUGUACAUGACAUGAAAUUUGGUCCUUGCUAUAACUAUACUCAGAAUUAGAUGUCUAUAAAUAUUUCCCUUUCCAUGGGAUUGUUGUAUCUCUAGGCUCUAAUGGCAAAGGUUAAAUGCUACUGUAUAACUUAGC